AUGCCGCGUCUACUCUCCACGGCGCUCCUCAUGCGUCGUGAUCCGCGCCUGCUGAAGCUCCCGCCGUAUCUGUCUCUCCUGUGCAUCGUAGUCGGCGUUGCCUGGCUGCUGAUGCUCCCUCUCGACGACUACUCGCGACGAACCUACAUCUCUGAGAAUGCGCUGCUGCCGGGUCAGGUCCACACCUACUUCGGAGGAAGCGACCAGAACGUGUUCAGGGCUUACAGGCACGAAGUCGAUGCGCUAAAGGACAAGAGCAAUACCGAGAUCAACGAUGAGCUGGAGAACAUCUUCAGGGGUAUAGGCCUGAAAGUCGGCCGCCAGAACUACACCUACCACUCCGCGGGCAACACCUACAGCGGCGAGAACGUCUACGCCAUCCUGCAGGCCCCGCGCGGCGAUGCGACCGAGGCUAUCGUGCUGGUGGCGGCUUGGAAGAACGUCAAGGACGAGUUCAACCGUAACGGCCUGGCCCUCGCCCUGGCGCUGACCCGCUACUUCCGACGCUGGUCGCUGUGGUCCAAGGACAUCAUCCUCGUCAUCCCCCCGGACAGUCGGAUGGGCACCCAGGCAUGGGUGGACGCUUACCACGAUGCUCACGACGCCUCGCGCGUAGCAUCGCUGCCCAUCAAGUCGGGUGCGCUGCAGGGCGCCAUCGCCGUCGACUACCCGCAGGAUGGCCGCUUCGAGUCGGUGCACGUCGUCUACGACGGCGUCAACGGCCAGCUGCCGAACCUCGAUCUGAUCAACUCGGUCGUUAACAUCGCGAGCGGCCAGAUGGGUAUGGGGUCCUCGCUGCAGCAGAUGUGGCGCCACUCGGAUAAGUACGACGAUCGCCUCAAGACCAUGCUGCGCGGUAUGCUGAAUCAGGGGCUGGGCCACGCCGCGGGGCCUCACAGCUGCUUUAUUCCGUACCAUGUCGACGCCAUCACCCUGCAGCCCGUGGGUCAGGGCUGGCACGAUGAGAUGGGACUGGGGAGGCUGGUCGAGGGCACGUUCCGCAGUCUGAACAACUUGCUGGAGCACUUGCAUCAGAGCUUCUUCUUCUACCUACUCAUGCACAAGGAACGCUUCGUCAGCAUAGGCACCUAUCUACCCAGCGCCAUGCUGAUCGCCGCCAAUUUCACUAUCAUGGCUAUUUUCCUGUGGAUAAAGAGUGGUCAUGUGGAGAUAAACUCUCCGUCCAAGGAGACAAAAUCGAAGCCUGCUACGACAGAAACUUCGAAAGCUGUUGAAGAGAAGAGAGGGGCCGCGGCCGAGAGAGAUUUGCUUCUCCCGCUAAGCCUGGUAGCUGGCUGCCAGUUCCUGGGCGCCCUCCCGCUCUUCAUCUUCAACCACACGCCGUCCAACCUCCUCGCCCCCAUAUUCGCCAUAUUCUCCCUCAUCAACCUCACUCUCCCACCCCUAUUCUCGCACCUAUUGCAGGCGCGCCGCGCCCAGGACAAGCCCAUCACGCUGCAGCACUACAAUCUCAGCAAGUCCUUCUCACUACUACUACUGGGCAUGUUCCUCAGCUCCCUCGCCACGCUCAACUUCAGUCUCGCCUUCCUCGUCGGCCUGCUGGCCACCCCCCUCUCCUUCACGCGCCCCUGGCCCGGAAACGCCAUCGCGCAGUACGCAUACAUAGCCCUGUUGAACCUGGUCAGUCCUACGACUGUGAUUGCCGCGGGCGCCGCGGCGUGGGCGCGGUAUGGACAGGGCGAGAUGGGGGUUGUGCAGGCCGUCACAGAGGUGCUGGAGGAGGCCGCGUUCGGAUGGGAUGUCUGGGGCAUGUACACGCCGCUGGUCAUCUGGUGCGUGUGGUGGCCCGCGUGGCUGGUGGGUUCGGUGGUCGUGCUGGGGCAGCCUGGUACGGCGAUAAAGGGUGAUACGAAGAAAAAGGUGUUAUGA